AUGGGCUGUCAGAGAAUCAGUCAUAAGCGGCUGUCUCUGCUAUGGGUGGGGGCGACAUUCGGCCUCUGGCUCUGCUGUUGCUGGACCUCCGGGGCCGGUGGGGUCGCGUCCACCGCCGGACAAGGCGACGGCGGCCCCGGCUCCCUGGGCUGGCUGCUGUCGGAUAAAGGGCCCUUCCACCAGGCCCUGGAGUUCACGGAGGCUGCAGAGAGGUACCAGCAGGGCUUCAGCACCAGAUACAAGAUCUACAGGGAGUUUGGUCGAUGGAAGGUCAACAGCCUGGCGGUGGAGAAGAGGGAUGGUUUAGGUGGCAGCGGUGGCCUGGCUCUGCCCCUUGACCCCGACUUCACGCACACCAUCCGCCAGCUGGGGAGGCGGCCAACCCUCCAGACGAUUACACAGAGUCUAAUCAAGAAAUAUGGCACCCACCUCCUCCUCUCUGCCACUCUGGGAGGCGAGGAGUCUUUGACAAUAUUUGUGGACAAAAGGAAGCUCAGGCAGGAGUCUUCGCCUGUGGGCGCCGAUGGCAGCAACAGGAACUCAAACACUACGGGGACGGUGACCCUGGAGGCCCUGCACCAGCUGGCUGCCUCCUACUUCACCGACAGAGAGAGCACCCUGCGCAGGCUGCACCACCUUCAGAUUGCAUCCACCGCCAUUCGGGUGACAGAAACCAGAACGGGUCCGCUUGGAUGCAGCAACUACGACAAUCUGGACACAGUCAGCUCCGUGCUGGUUCACAGUCCAGAAAACAAGAUUCAACUCCAAGGGCUGCAGGUCAUCCUACCAGGCUACUUGCAGAGCCGCUUCAUUCAGGCGGCUCUCAACUAUGUCGGCUGUAAAUCCGAGGGCCAGUUUGUCUGCCACAGCAGCGACUGCUGGUGUGAGUGCAGCGUGGACUUCCCUCUGUGUAACUGUCCUCUCUCUGACCUGGAGACUCUGGAAAGCAACCUGCUGCGUAUCAGAGACACGUGGAGGCUGACAAACCAGGAGUUUGAGAAAUCCGAGGAGUUCCAAAGCUUUGUUGAGAAACUGCCAACCCAUUACGCUGUAAACACAUCUGUCGUGGAACACAUGUGGAGGACGGAUGCCAGCCUGCUCCAGCGCUACAGGCAGCUGGAGACCAGUGGCAACCAGCUUUUCACUAAAGCUCGCCGCACCGUUAACAAGCUCUUCAGCCUCAGCAAGAGGUGCCGAAAACAGCCCAAAAUAGUCCUGCAGAGGACGAGGCCUCUACACUUCUGGUUGAACUUCGCCCUCUCCAUUUUAUACUGCAGUGAGAACAACCAGGUUGGUGUUUAUAGUGACGAGAACCGCAGCUGUUCCUGCCCCUACAACCAUCCGCCAUGCCAGGGCCUCAUUCCCUGCUCUGUGGGCGACGGUGCCGGCUGCAUCUCCUGUUCCACGGAGAACAGGACACGAUGCUCCAGCUGUAACCUUGGCUUCACCCUCACCCAGGGAGCCUGCCGGCCCGCCGUGCCCGACCCUACCGACCCCUACCUGGGCUUGGAGAGUGACAGGGACCUGCAGGAUCUGGAGCUGCGCUACCUGCUUCAGCGGCGCGACCCCCGCAUCGCUCUGCAUGGUGUGUUUGUGAGCAAUGACGUGCGUGUUAACACUUGGUUUGACCCGUCCUGGAGGAAAAGGAUGCUGCUCACCCUCAAGAGCAACCGGGUGAAAUCCAAUCGUGUUCAUAUGCUUCUUGGACUUGCCCUCCAGUUUUGCCUCACCAGAAACAGCACACUGGAGCCGGCGUUAUCUCUUUUCGUAAAUCCCUUCGGGGGCAGCCAUUCAGAGAGCUGGACCAUGCCUAUAGGUCAGCACGAAUACGCUGACUGGGAGCGAACCAAGCUGGAUAUCCCUUUGGACUGCUAUAAUUGGACUUUAACUCUCGGAAACAGAUGGAAGAGUUUUUUUGAGACGGUUCAUUUCUACCUGAGGAGUCGUAUCAGGGACCCUGUAGGAGUGACAGGAGGCAACAAGAACACGACGGUGUACUAUGAGCCUCUGGAAGCGACUGAGCCAUCAAACAACAUUGGCUACAUGAAAGUGAAUGGCAUGCAGCUGUUUGGAUACAGCGUGCAUUUUGACCCCGAGGCUAUCCAGGACCUGAUUCUGCAGAUAGACUACCCGUACACUCAGGGAUCACAGGACUCGGCCCUGCUACAGCUGGUGGAGCUGCGCUACAGGGUUAACCGCCUAUCUCCUCCCGGGGCCCCACACAUGGAUCUGUUCGCCUGUCUCCUGCGCCACAGACUCAAAUUGUCCAGUGCUGACGUGACCAGGAUACUCACAGCCCUGCAAGCUUUCAGUGCCCGACAAGCAAACUACGAGGAGUACGAGGCCAACAAACUGUGUAGUUAG